AUGUGUGAUAUUUGCUUCGAUAAUCUCUUGCUAUUAACCGAUUCCUAUAAGUUCACCCACUUUAAGCAGUAUCCUCCCAAGACAACAAAAGUCUAUUCUUAUUUUGAAAGUCGUGGUGGCAAAUUUGAAAAUGUCGUCUUUUUUGGAUUACAAUAUAUUAUCAAGCGCCUACUACUUGGAAAAGUAGUCACAAAAGAAAAAAUUGACGAAGCUAAAGCAUUUUCUAAGGCACACUUUGGCAGAAGCGAUGCCUUCAACGAAGCGGGAUGGCAGUAUAUUUUAGACGCACACGAUGGUAAAUUGCCUAUAAAAAUAAAAGCCGUACCUGAAGGGACUGUUUUACCACAAAAGAACGUUUUGUUUACAGUCGAAAAUACGGAUCCCAACUGCUUUUGGUUAACAAAUUAUCUCGAGACUUUAUUUGUGCAAGUUUGGUAUCCAAUAACAGUUGCAUCCAAUUCAAGAGCACAAAAAGAAGUAAUUGCUCAGUUUUUACAUGAAACAGCUGAUGAUAUGAAAGGACUGCCAUUUAAAUUGCAUGAUUUUGGUUUUCGUGGUGCAACUUCAAUUGAGGCUGCUGGUAUCGGAGGCAUGUCCCAUUUAGUUAAUUUUCUAGGUACUGACACUUUAGCUGGAAUACUUACAGCAAGGAAGUACUAUGGAUGUCCAAUGGCUGGAUUUUCUAUUCCUGCAGCGGAACAUAGUACUAUUACUACAUGGCAAAAGUCCGGUGAAAAGGACGCAUUUGAAAAUAUGUGCAGACAGUUUCCUACUGGCACUAUAGCUUGUGUAAGCGACAGUUAUGACAUCUGGAAUGCUUGUGAAAAUCUCUGGGGUAAGCAGUUAAAAAAUCUCCUCAAGUGUCGCGAUGGUACGCUUGUUGUUAGACCAGAUUCUGGUGAUCCUCCUGAAGUCGUAUCAAAAGUGCUACAUCUACUAGGUGAAGCAUUUGGAACAAUUAUUAAUAAGAAAGGUUAUAAGACAUUACCUCCUUUUGUGCGCAUAAUUCAGGGAGAUGGAAUUGAUCUAGAAAUGAUAAAACGAAUCUUAAAUAAACUCAAGUCAGAGCGUUGGAGUUCAGAUAACUUAGCGUUUGGUAGUGGAGGUGCUUUGCUGCAGAAAUUAAAUCGAGAUACUCUAAAAUGUGCUUAUAAGUGUAGUAUGGUUACCGUUGAUAGCAAAGAGAUAAAUGUAUUCAAACAACCAAUUGACGACCCUGGAAAGAAGUCUAAAAAAGGCCUCCUUACGCUAGAAUAUAGUAGUAGAGACGGCUAUAAAACAGUCGAAGAAGGACGUGGUAACGCUACAAAGGAUCUUUUAAUACCGGUAUUUGAAAAUGGGAAACUCCUUAAGGAAUACACCUUUGAUGAAAUUCGAUCAAGGUGUGAAAUACCGCUUCUAAAGAAAUAA